AUGCCAUAGUAACAAAUUAUUAGCAAUACAGACUAUCUGCUUGAUAGAAUAAACUAGAUUGAUUAAAGAUUAAGACAGACUGAAAAUCAUAACAGAAUUUAAAAUGAUAUGGCUUUACUCAAGAAAUAGGAAUAAGAAAAUUUGAAAGCUAUCAAAGAAAGUUAAUACGAAGAGCUGGUUAAUCGCCAUUAAACUCUUGAGAAAAGACUCAAUAGCGUUGAAUAAUAGAUUAAUAAGCAUGAUAUAAUAAUUACCCAAACCACUCCAUAGCAAAUUAGUAAAUCCUUAGACAAGGCUUUAAAUCAUAUGGACAAGUUAAGAGAAGAGAUUGAAGACUAGUUUACUGCUGUUCAAAACAAGAGUACAAAAUAGUAUUUGGACUUCAAAGUAUCUCUAGAUUAAUAAUUAGCUCAUCUAAAAAAUACUCAAGAAAACAAAUAUCAAUCAAUAAGUAAAGAAAAUGAGAAGUAACUACAUGAAGUGCUCUCAAUGGUAGAAGACAUGGCGAGAAUUGUAAAAAAUCUCGAACUUUAAUUUAACAAUAAAAGACCUGAGACUGAGAGUAUUUUAUUAAACAUUGCUAACAUAUAAAGGAAAAUGGAUGAAAAUCAAAGACUUGCUCUUAGUGAAUUAACUUAACUAAAAUAAAGAUAAUAUAAGCUAUUCAAUCUAUAUAAUACUGGCUUAGAAAACAAUAAUGUCCUAAAUAACUAGUUCCUGAAUUCUGAUACAUAAAAGCUGAGUAUGGCAGAACUUGAACCAAUUAAUGAUAAUUUUAUGCAUAGAGAAAACAAUAAAUUCAACUAAGUUAUAAUGCUAGAGUCUACAGGAAAAUUUAAGUAAUCUCAGACUAAUUCAUUAGGAAAAGAGAAUUAUAUUGUGAAUACUUUAAACUACCACAAGAAUGAGAAAAGGGAAUUAGAUUCAUUUGGAUAUGGGGAUCUAACAAAUUAAUGA